CCCCGCCCGGCCCCUCACGGCCCCUCACGGCCCGAGCGCGGGGGGAGCCGCCGACUCCGGGAAAAGCAGCGCCGGGAGCGUGGGCAGAAACAGCCGCUUUGUGAAAAAGCUGCCUGAGUUCGCUGCUGCGGGUCUGUGGGAGACUCCCGGCAACCUCCUGAGACAGCGGCAGGACUGCGGAGAGCGGCGAUUUGGGGCGGCGUUAAAGGAAACCCGGCAGCAUUGGCGAAAACAGCAAAGGAAACUGGGCAGGAUUUGGGACAGUGGCAAAGGAAACCCAGCGGGUGUCUGAGGAGUUGUGGAUUUGCGAAGAAAAACAGCCCAAGUCUGAAAAAGAGCGGGUUUUCAAGGAAAAAUAAAGUUCCGAGCGCGUCGGUGAGGAGACGAGUGCCGGUGCUGCGAGGACAGUGCUAUCCUAUGGCUGCGCGGCGCUGGAGGGGUCUACCCCUUGGGAAUCUCUCUGAUUGUCCCAAUGGGUCCCGCUGGAUCAUGGAUGUGUUCAAUGAGUGUGCCCAGGACAGCCGCGAUGUCGCCAGCAUCGUCCUGGGGCUGGGCUCCAUCGGCUGCUUCAUCGCUGCAGCCUUCCCGCAGUUUUACCAGGCCUGCAGAACGGGCAUCAUGGACCAGGCUCUCUCCAUCUAUUUCCUGCUGGGAUGGCUGGGCGGGGACCUCCUCAACCUCAUCGGCUCCUUCCUGGCUGAUCAGCUGCCCCUGCAGGUGUACACGGCCAUUUACUACGUGCUGGCAGACCUGGGCAUGCUCUCCCUCUACUGCUACUACCGGCUGAAGAACAGGGGCAGAGCCUUCCCUGCUGCCAUCAAUGCAGCCUUUGUGUUCCUCUCUGUGGGGUCCCUGUCCAGCCUCUGCCUCCUGGGCAGUGCCAGCACCGAGGAUCCAACAACCUUCAGAGGGAGAUCUCUGCUCUCAGCUCCUGGGGAGGAGCUUGGACCAAAGCCUUUCUCCAGGACUGAGAUCAUCGGCUUCACCAUCGGAUCCGUCUCCUCCGUGCUCUACCUGUGCUCCCGAGUGCCCCAGAUCUGCACCAACCUCCUCUGCUCUGUCUUUUCUCAGUACAAGAGGAAAUCCACCAGUGGGGUCUCCUACUCUCUCUUUGCCCUGGUGAUGCUGGGGAAUUCCCUGUACGGCCUCAGUGUCCUGCUGAAGAACCCAGAGGCAGGCCAGGGCCAGGGUGAUUACAUCCUGCACCACCUGCCCUGGCUCGUGGGCAGCCUGGGGGUGCUGGCCCUGGAUGUGGUUAUCUCCUUCCAGUUCCUGGCCUAUCGCAAAGGACAGCCCAGAGCCCUGGAGGAGAGGAAUGCUCUGCUUGGGGGGCAGGAUGAGAGCCCAGAGAGCUGACACAGGGCCCUGCCCCCCAGGAGAGGAGGAGGAGGAGGAUGGACAGGAGGAAGGUGGCCUUGGGGCCAGGCAGACUGGCCCCUCCAUCAUGGUGGUCCUGGCAGAAGAGGCCCUGAGCCUGUGGCUGACACCUUGUGCUGCCCAGGCAGCAGAGGAGCUGCUGGGACACCUCGUGCCUCUUUGAUACCAAUGAUGCUUUCAGGAUAAAAGGGAAUUUUUGGAUACCUCAGCUGCUCUUGGCUGCUCCCGUGCCCCACAGCUGAGCCUGGUCACUGCUGCAUGUCCUGAGGGGGAUCUGGAACUUUCUUGGUGCUGAAAAACGUGGGGAGGGGCCAGGGAUCACUGAGCUGCCACAGCACCACUGUGACCUCACACCUCCCCCUCAGCUCCUUCUGGAGGCACAGGGCUGGAUCCAGUGGGGAAGGAGCAGCAGAACCAAAGUGUUCAUUCCACACCUAUUUUAAUGAUCACAGCUCACCCAUAAAACCAUCAUGUUUUAUAAACAUGUCCUUCCAACCUGCCUCCCUUGGUUUCAUUUUGCUGCUUCACCUGGCAGUUCCUGCCUCUUUCCUAAUCACUCUCACAGCCCCAUUUCUCUGACUUGUCAUUUUUUGCCUCACCAAUGUUUUAAUUGCACAGAUUCAUUAGGGAAGUUGCUCCACUGCUGUUCCCCAGUGGAGGAGCUGCCUCUGCUUGCUCUGGUUUUCAGUUCCUGCCCUCUCUCCUCUGUGAAUUUAUCAACUUGAUGACUUUAUUCUCAACCUGAUGAGUUUAUCCCCAGCACUUGUGCCCACUCAGCACAGUGCUCCUUGGCCAGGGAAGGAGGGGGAGGUCUGGGACACGCUGUGUCCCCAUGAGGAAGGAGUGCAGGUGUAGCCAAGCUCCCUCCGUGUGUUGAGGUCUCCUGCUGGGCAUGGGCAGCUCAGUCUCCCUGAGAAAAUGAGGGAAACCAACCAAAGCUUGGAGACCCUUCAGGAAAAGCUAUCACAGCUUGGCUUUGUGAAAACAAGAGCUUUUCUUUUCCUGCAGUUGCUAUCAGCUCUUCCUUUCCCCCUCUCCAGCACUGUGUCCCUUUUGGCUUCAGCUCCAUUAUCAUUAAUUGAUGAUUCCUCAGCCAGUCCAUGACAUUUGUCCUUCCCAAGGAAGUGACUCUGCUUUGUCCUCACACUGAGGACAUCAAUCCAGCCUUCCACAGCUCAGCCUGGAUCUCACAAUGGGAUUCCAACUGCUCAGUGCCCACCAAGCUGCACCAGCAGCUUCACUGAAACUCAAGCUGGGCCAGUACUUGGGUCUGACCCAGCUGUUUCCAGAAAGGAAACAGAUUUUUCAGUCUCUCUGAGCCCCUUGAAUCAAGUGAGUGUUUUUUUACUGGAUUAAUUCACAAUUCUGCCCCUUCAGAUUCACAGGCAAGGGGCUGCUCACCUCAUCCUGAAGCCAGCAGCAUUUCCUUUCUUGUCUUUCCCUGGGAAUUGUAGAACAAUUAAUAUCCAGUUUUAAACCAAACCAUGAGCAAAUCCCUCAUCUUUGCCACUCACAACUCUAAAUAAUUGUCACUUACUGGCUUUUCUAAACCUCUGCCUGCCAUAAGGAGGAAAGAGUGCAUAUACACACACAGAGAAAUAGAUAUUUAUAUAUACAUAUAGAUAUAAAUCCCACAGUCUGUCCCCACAGGUGCACCUGAAGCACGAGUUAGGUACAAAGCUGAUUUCCUCUGACUUUACUGGGCUGGGCAGGAUGGAGCAAGCAGAGUUUACACACCCACAGCCACCUCAGGGGUGGCUGGAAAUCCCUGAGCUCUCUCCAGGGCUCCCACCCCUCCAGGUCACUGCUGCAGCCCUGUCCCUGUGCUCAGGAUUUUCCAGAGGUAAAUGUUAAAGCUGAAAGGCUGAGCAGAAACAAGAGCCCCUGAGGGAACUGAAAACUGAAAACCUCACCUGGAGUCCCCCCUGCCAGGCUCCAGAGCUCAAACUUACCUGAAGGUUUGUGUUGGGACAGAACUGAGACAGCACCAGAUCCCCAAAUCCCCCAGUGUUCCCUGGGGAUCCCAUCCCACAGGCACCCUGGGAUCUUCCACAGGCUCUGGGUGAACUCUGGCUGGGACACAGGUCACAGAACAGAGCAAAUGAGCACAUUAAUUAGUCACUGUCAAUGCCAACAGUCCCCACUUGCAAUUGCAGAGGGCAAUUCCCAGACCAGGAGAGCCCCAAAGCUGUGCCAGGUCCCUCUGCCCACCAAGGGCUGGGGAGGGGACACAGGCAGCAGGGAGGAGCUUUUGGGUCACAGGGAUGGGAGGAGCCCCCAGCACAGCUGGGCAGAUCCUCCCCCCUAAAUCCAGCUGGACACAAUUUGCUGGAUGCCUGGAGCAUCAAUCCCAGCACCUUGAAAGGGCAGCAGGUGAGCAGUGCAGGCCCAAAGGGCAGUGGGACAUCACAGCCCCUUCCAGACAAACAUUUCUGCAUGUGGGACAAAGAACAAACCCCAAGUAACCCUGCAAGGAAGGAAAGAGAAACAAGGACACAAUCACACCACACAGCUUCCUGGGAUUUUUUUUGUUUUUAUUGUUUUAGUCUUUUUUUUUCUUUUUUUUUCUUUUUUUCCAUUUUUUUUUAGUAUGGAGGCUCAAGUAUCAGAUGUAGAUUCAAUUUAAGCUUUACAAAAAAAACAAAAAAUCAAAACAAAAACCCCUUUUGCAUUCCAUAAAAAUUGACAGAAAAGCGCCUUGGAACCAGGCUAUAGAAGAGCAGAACUUUCAGCAGGUCUCCAAAUCACCAUCUCCUGCACAUCUGGGUUACUCAGUCUCUUACAACCCAAGGAACACCCUCUCUUCACUCCCUCCCUCCAGCCAGCCCCUGUGCCCAGCCCCCAAACAUACGUGGAAUAGAUUAUUUUUCUUUUUUUUUUCUUUUUUUUUUAUGUUUUUCCAGUUCUUCCUCUUUCACACACCACAGUAUUUAAUAAAUUUUUGUUUUACAUUUUUUACACCAAUGUAACAAAAGGCAGGAGAGGGGGUGAGGGAGGAAAAGACAAACAAUGAUCUGUGGUGAUGCAUAUAAAUGGGGGAGG